AUGCCCAUCAGCAAGAACAUGUCGACCGCUGGCCGUACCUCAGGCACGGCAUCUGUGCUCGCGAUAAGAAGUAACUCUACGCACUCUCAAAUCGUCAUCGAUGUUUCCAAAGACCCUGCGCCACGGGUGGUGGCCUCAAUAUGGGUCAUGAUUUCAGUGUCGACAAUCUUUCUGUUUCUCCGUGUCUAUUGCAAAAAGAUCAGAUCCCGGGGUAUGUGGAUAGAUGACCAUAUCCUGAUAGUAUCUUGGGUGUUUCUGCUGAUUUCAACGGCCCUCUCGACGGAGCUCAUGAGGCUCGGCUUCGGCAAAACGAUCGACUUCACGCCGCAUAUGCACACCCUCUCAUCCGUCAACAUCGUGAUCAACAGUGUUGCGUUGGCCCUUAGCAAGACAUCGUUCGCCGUCACCAUGCUUCGCAUCUCGUCUGGACAAUGCAAGGCCUUUAUCUGGUUGCUGAUCAUAUCGAUGAACGCGUUGCUGGCUACCGGCGCUGUCGCGAGUUGGAUAGCCGCUUGCGACAGGCCGGCGGACACGUAUGAAACCGUGAUCCCGGGCACUUGUUGGCGAGUCCAGGACUCAGUGGUGAUGGCGAUGGUGUCGAAUGGCUAUUCUGCACUGGUAGACUUCAUAUUGUCUCUGCUACCGUGGGCAAUUAUGCGGGGGAUUGGGAUGAAGCGUCACGAGAGGAUCGGUGUUGCGAUAGCCAUGAGCCUGGGCAUCAUCGCCGGUUUGGUUGGUGUUAUCAAGGUCGUUAAAAUUGCGACGAUAGCUGGGGGCGCAGACAUUCCGUACCGGCUAUCGCUGUUAUUCAUCUGGGCACAAGCGGAACCCAAUGUGACGAUAGUGGCCUCUUCGAUCCCGGUACUGCGGGUGUUGUUCAGCGAAAUGUACAGCCAUUCGAAGUCGAGCGAGGGGGGCGGGUACAUGAAAUCAAACAGGCAAAGCGAAUUUCAUUAUGAGGUCGGGAAGAAAAAGCUUGGAGAGGACUCCGAGACGAAGGUGACCGGCCAGAAUACGUUGCAAGCUAUAGGACCAUCGACGACGACCACGUACGCCAUGCGGGCUAGGGAGAAUGAAGUCGGAUACGAUACCAUAGACGAGAUAACGCGGGGGACACACCAACACUCCCUUCGGGGAUCUGAGAGCUAUGAGCUAGAAAGAAUACCAAGAUAG